UAAUUCCGGUGGCUUCGCCUCUAUAUAUAUUCGAAUAUUGGGAACGCCCUUGCUCAUGCGAUCUGCUCCGCCGCGACCGCCGAAGCUGGACCCCUCCGCUGCGCUGCCGCCGUCGCCAUUCCCCACUCAGAACUUAAGAAGCCUGACAUUCCUCCGAGGUUUUGCGCCCAUUUUGUUAAUUCUUGGUCUCUACUUGGGAGAUAGAUAGGAGGGCAGAAGGAACAAAGGAGGGAGAACGGAGACAGAGAAAGGGAGGAGAGACCCAGCUAGUAACUGUGUUGGAAGGCCUGAAAUCAGCGCUGGCGGUGAAGUGUGAAAGCAAAUGUUCCGGAAGAACGAUUCCGCCUUGUCCUGCUUCUACCUCUACCUCCUCUGGCUCUUCUUCCGCAAGUAGGCGACAUAGCCGAGAAGAGAGGGGAGAGGGUGGAAUUUGAUCGGAUUCUUGAGAAAUCGAAGCCUUGAUAGUGAUCGGAGAGGAAGGACGAUGAUGUUGGAUCUUAAUCUUGCGUCCUCCGGCGAGUCCGCGGAGGAGAAGCCGCUCCCCGACGAGGACUCCGGGACCUCCAAGUCCUCCGUUCUCAAUGCCGAGGCCUCCAGCAACGCUCCCGACGAGGACUCCUGCUCUACCUGGCCCGCCGCCGGCUUCCAGUUUGGCAUCCUUAAGAGCGCUGCAUCAGCUGAAGGAGAGAACGAGGUGGAAGAGGAGAUCGAGGAGGAUGGAAAUGAUGCCUCGAUGGAGUCCAGCUUCAUCACCAGGCAGCUCUUUCCUCCGGCUUCACCAGCGGUUCCAGAGCGGCUCCCGCCACCAUUAGUGGCGGCAUCAUCCUCCUCAUCAUCCAGACUGCACUGGGCGGAUAUCAGCUUCCGCCAGUCCGACAUUCCGGCGGGUGUCAGGGUUUUGCAGCAGCAGCAGCAGCAAGUCAAGAAGAGCAGAAGAGGGCCUCGCUCUCGGAGCUCUCUGUACCGGGGAGUCACUUUCUACCGGAGGACCGGGAGAUGGGAAUCUCACAUCUGGGAUUGCGGGAAACAGGUUUAUUUGGGAGGUUUCGAUACUGCUCAUGCCGCAGCGAGGGCAUAUGAUCGAGCUGCGAUUAAGUUUCGAGGAGUUGACGCUGACAUCAAUUUCAAUCUUAGUGACUAUGAGGAAGAUCUGAAACAGACGAAGGACCUCACGAAGGAAGAAUUUGUGCACAUACUACGCCGCCACAGCACUGGGUUCUCGAGGGGAAGCUCAAAAUACAGAGGGGUGACCCUUCACAAGUGUGGCCGCUGGGAGGCCCGCAUGGGGCAAUUCCUUGGAAAGAAGUACAUAUAUCUUGGGCUAUUCGACAGCGAAAUAGAAGCUGCAAGGGCUUAUGACAAGGCUGCUAUAAAAUGUAAUGGAAGGGAUGCUGUUACCAAUUUUGAGCCCAGUACCUAUGAAGGAGAAUUGCUUACUGAGACUGCUGAUGGUGAAGCCACUGGUCAUGAUGUUGAUCUGAACUUGAGGAUUUCCCAACCUGCUGCCCAUAGUCCAAAGAGGGAUCAAGAUUCAACGGCCAUCCAAUUCCACUUUGGCUCACGUUCUGAUGCCAAGAAAACAGUGAUUGAUAUCCCUUCUUCCCAAUUGGCUGGUCUGCCGCAUCGUUUCCAGACUGCUCAGUGCCCAACUAUCUUUCCCACUGUUGAGGAAAGAGCGAGAGAGAAGAGGCCUGAGGGUGGUUCUCAAGCUCUACCCAACUGGGCAUGGCAGGUGGAUGGUCCUACUCUAUCGCCGCUGUUCUCUUCUGCAGCAUCAUCAGGAUUCUCUAGUACCGCCGUUACAGCCGCCCAUCCUUCCACGCUGCCUCCCCCUUCGGCGACCCUGCAUUCCCAUUUCAGCCCACCAUCUCCGUCCAAUUUCUGUUUCAGGAGCUGAAACCCUUGUGCUUUCACCAGUGUAUGUAUGCUCUAGACACCUACGUCUGUAAGGUAGCAGAAGAGGGUAGCCAUCUGCAAAGUAAUAAUUACAGGGGUGGUGCGUGGUUUUGGAACGUUCCAUGUCCGGAGUUCAUUUUUUUUUUUCUCUCUUUUUUUUUUCUCUUUUUUUCUUCUUGUUGUAUGCAAUAUGCAUGCCACAAUCUCAAACUGUGAUUUUCAUUUCAUUUGUGGACGACUCAAUGUUUCGGACU